CCACUCACUCUCUCUCUCUCGUUUCUUCGAUACAAAACUGGUGCAGAAGUGAAGCAUCUCUCUUCCAAAAACCUACCAUUUCUUCCGCCGAAAUAAGAGGAAGAGAAAACGACUGAAGGCAAAACAAUACAAAAGCCCUGGAAAUGCCUGAUUCAAUCAUGUCAGGUUUUGGAUGUUGGAGGGCCGUGUGAUUUUGUGAAGUUGAAGGGGACUAAGACUGAGUUCUUGGUCCCCGAGAGAUGAUUUGGUGGGCAGAUACACGACGAGAGAAUGAGUGUUGAUCAUUUACGUAGCUCAUUUCUUGGGUCCCCCCUUCGAAGUUCUGUCAAUCAGAGGAAAACUGGGAAUUACACUUCCCUUGAUAGACGGAAGUUGGGAUCUAGGGCUGUUGUGGACUUUUUAUAUGCGGGGGAGAAUCAGAAAAGGCGUAUAAGGGUUCAGUUUUCACAGUUUGGUGGGACGAAUGUUGAGCUUUCGUCGAAGAAUUUUGGAUUGAGAAGUAGGUACAGAAUGAAUUGCCUUAAGGAGCCUUUUUCUAGAAGCAGGGCUUUGGUUAGAUCAUUUUCUCCCUUGUGGAAAGAGGGUUUGCUAUUAGUUAGGUGCUCAAUUUUUGUUGCCGCGAUUUCUGCAAUAGGAAUGUUGGUAUGGUAUGGACAGUUGAAAGCUAGGUCUUUUAUUGAGGCCCAGCUUCUACCCUCUGUUUGUUCCAGUUUGAGUGAAUAUCUUCAACGUGAGCUUGAUUUUGGUAAGGUUCAAAGGGUAUCACCUCUGGGAAUUAGCUUGCAGUCAUGUUCAAUCGGACCUCAUCCUGAAGAAUUCUCCUGUGGUGCAGUCUCCACAAUGAAACUUCGCGUGCGUCCGUUUGCGAGUCUAAGGAGGGGGAAGAUUGUGAUUGAUGCAGUUUUAUCUCAGCCAAAUGUAUUAAUAGCGCAAAAGGAGGAUUUUUCCUGGUUAGGGAUCCCUUCUCCUUCUGAAGCUGGUUUGCAGAGGCACUGCUCAACUGAAGAAGGAAUAGAUUACCGUACGAAAACUAGGAGGGUUGCUCGAGAGGAAGCUGCUGCUCGCUGGGCUAUUGAAAGGAGAGAGUCAGCCAGGCAAUCGGCAGAGAUGGGUUAUAUUGUUCCUCAACAAUGCAGAGAAAUGUCAGGAGAUGAUGAAUUCAAGGAUGGUUCUGGUCAUUCAAGUGAGUUUCCAGCCUCUGCUUCAUUCUUUUGUAUGGAUGAGCGGAUGCAUUGGAAGGAUCAUCAUUGCAUGGACAUGGGCAUUGAGUAUGGUUUGAAGCAUGCGGAUUUGGAGAAAUCAUUUGGUGUGAAAAAUCCCAGCCCAGGGCCUAAUUUCUGGUCUAGAAUGAUGUCAAAUCCCUUAAGGCAUGGUCUCUCAAGCAAGGCUAAUAGGAAAGAGAUCUCUGCAGCUGGGGAUACACUUAAAAGAAAAAAUCUUGAGCUCAGUGCAGCAGCUGCUCUUGCAUAUUUCAGGGGUCUUGAUGGCGGGAAGUUUGGUGAGCCGCACACCCAGCAGGGAAUGUCUUCUACAGCUGGAGGCUGUGAUUAUGGUCAAGCUGAGACGAUUAUGGUAAAUGAUGAGGAAGUUGGUGCAGCCAACCCUCCUGCAAUGAGUGGAGCUGGUGAACACAAAAGGCCUGAAGAUGCACAGAAUUCAGUUUACAUAGAAGAGGAGAAACAUAUUGAGCCCACAACCUUAGAAAUUGAUGUCGGGCACUCCGGAAGCAAAGGAAAUAUCCUGCCAUCGGGAAGCAUGGCUAAUGAUCUGGAACAUGGAGGUUAUUCAGGAAACGACCAUCCCAUUGAAGACAAACAGAGUUGGUGCCAAACAGAUGGAUUUAGUUUUGUGCGUGAGCCAUUUCUAAUGGCUAUCAGGAAACUUAGCUGGGUAAGAAUGUCUUGUGAGAAAUUGCCACGGAGUAGCAGUAUUUCUGAAACAAGGAAAACCAAUGCCAGUAAUCUAAGCAAUGGGGCCUGGAAACAAGUUAAUGUUGCAGAUACACAAUUCGAUUCCAGAGCCUGUUGUAGCAGCUUACAUGAGCCAUUGCUUGAGUCUCUUGAAGACAGAUUGGAACACAACAGAGGUCAUAAAUCUCAAGCUGUCUCUUUUCCCAGGCCUGUGCCAUGUGCAGAAAUGCACCAAUCAAUUCCAGUUUGGCCCAUGAACUUGAAACUGGGAGGGUUUUCCCAUUUCUCUGGAACCAUGGGCGAACUGUUGUUCAAUUGUUUGGUCAGUCCGAUUCAGAAACUGAAGGCAGGCGCGAGCAUAAAAAUUGAAGAUCUUGCUGCUGAACUUGCUGAAGGAGUAGAUAUGCAGACUGAAGGCAUUGAGAAGAUUCUUCCAGUUACACUGGAUUCUGUUUAUUUCACAGGUGGAACACUGAUGCUGCUAGGAUAUGGUGAUCGAGAGCCCAGAGAGAUGGAGAAUGUCAAUGGACAUGUGAAAUUUCAAAAUCACUAUGGGCGUGUGCACGUGCAGUUGAGUGGGAAUUGUAAGUUGUGGAGAUCAGAUAUGAUACCGGGAGAUGGUGGCUGGUUGUCUGCAGAUGUGUUUGUUGACAGCAUUGAGCAGAAAUGGCAUGCCAAUUUAAAGAUGGCAAAUCUUUUUGUUCCGCUUUUUGAGAGGAUGCUGGAAAUUCCUAUCACAUGGUCUAGAGGGCGAGCCAGUGGUGAGGUGCACAUAUGCAUGUCAGGAGGAGAGAUUUUUCCUAACCUUCAUGGGCAGCUUGAUGUGAAUGGCCUGGCUUUCCAGAUAUUUGAUGCUCCAUCAUGUUUUUCAGACACGACAGCAAGUUUAUGUUUUCGUGGUCAAAGGUUAUUCUUGCACAAUGCAAGUGGCUGGUUUGGUGAUGCUCCUCUAGAAGCUUCUGGUGAUUUUGGUUUAAACCCAGAGGAUGGAGAGUUUCAUCUGAUGUGUCAGGUUCCAUGUGUUGAAGCUAAUGCCCUCAUGAAGGCUUUCAAGAUGAAGCCUUUGUUGUUUCCGGUGGCUGGCUCACUUACUGCUGUAUUCAAUUGUCAAGGUCCUUUGGAUGCUCCUAUAUUUGUAGGAAGUGCAAUGGUUACAAAGAAAACAGCUCAUUUAGUUUCUGAAUUGCGGGCAUCCUCUGCAUCUGAAGCAGUGAACAAGAAUAAAGAGGCCGGUGCAGUGGCAGCAUUUGAUCAUAUUCCAUUUUCAUACGUAUCAGCCAAUUUCACUUUCAACACUGAUAACUGUGUCGCCGACUUGUAUGGCAUUAGAGCAACCCUUUUGGACGGUGGUGAAAUUCGAGGUGCUGGAAAUGCAUGGAUCUGCCCAGAGGGCGAGAUGGAUGAUUCGGCAAUGGAUGUAAACCUGUCUGGAAACUUGUCUUCCUUUGACAAAGUUAUUUAUCGGUACUUGCCAGGAAAAAUUCAGCUGAUGCCACUCAAAAUUGGGGAACUGAAUGGGGAAACCAAACUUUCUGGGUCCCUUUUGAGACCGAGAUUUGAUAUCAAGUGGGCUGCACCAAAAGCUGAAGAAUCAUUCAGUGAUGCACGUGGGGAUAUUAUUAUCUCGCAUGAGUAUAUUACCGUCAGUUCUUCAUCAAUUGCAUUUGACUUGUAUACAAAAGUCCAAACAUCUUACCCUGAUGAAUAUUGGCUGGACAAAAGAGAUAGUGAUGUUAGGUGUAUCUUGCCUCUCAUAAUUGAAGGGGUUGAAUUGGAUUUUCGUAUGCGUGGGUUUGAAUUCUUCAGCUUGAUUUCUUCUGAUUCUUUUGAUUCACCAAGACCUAUGCAUUUGAAAGCAACCGGAAGGAUCAAAUUUCAUGGGAAUGUUUCAAAGCCUAUGAAAAUCACCAAAGAGGAAGCGAUUGGAAAUAAGAAGAAUAUGCUAGACAGAGAGAUGGUUGAUGACGUGGAGCCAAGAAGCCUUGUUGGGGAGGUUUCCCUCACAGGGAUAAAACUAAACCAAUUGAUGUUGGCACCCCAAUUGGUGGGAUCUUUGAGCAUUUCACAAGAGAAGAUGAAGUUGGAUGCAACGGGUAGGCCAGAUGAGAAUUUGACAGUGGAAGUUGUUGGACCGUUACUGCCUGCUAUGGCCGAAAACUUGCAAAAGACAACCAUGUUGUCAGUUGCUCUUCAGAAGGGGCAACUUAGAGCUAACAUAUCUUAUCAACCACAAUAUUCUGCAAACUUGGAGGUGCGCCAUUUACCACUUGAUGAGCUGGAGCUCGCUUCACUUCGUGGGACAAUACAGAGGGCAGAGGUGCAACUUAAUUUUCCAAAAAGGAGGGGUCAUGGAAUGUUAUCUGUUCUUCAUCCAAAAUUCAGUGGUGUACUCGGUGAGGCCCUUGACGUGGCUGCUCGAUGGAGUGGGGAUGUUAUAACUGUUGAAAAGACUGUUUUGGAGCAAGCGAGUAGCAGAUACGAGCUUCAAGGUGAGUAUGUAUUGCCUGGCACUCGGGAUCGAUACCCUGCUAACAAGGAGAGGGAUGGCUUGUUGAAGAGGGCCAUGGGUGGUCAUUUGGGUAGUGUGAUAUCUUCCAUGGGGAGGUGGCGAAUGAGAUUAGAAGUUCCUGGUGCUGAAGUUGCAGAGAUGCUGCCACUUGCACGGCUUCUUUCUCGCAGUACCGAUCCUGCUGUUCGCUCUAGGUCAAAGGACCUUUUUAUGCAAAGCUUGCAAUCCGUGGGAUUCUAUACUGAAAGUCUUGGAGACCUGAUUGCGGCAAUUCGAAGACAUUAUACUUUGUCGGAUGAGGUUAUUCUUGAAGACAUAACUCUUCCAGGUUUAGCCGAACUCAAAGGUCGUUGGCGUGGCUCUCUUGAUGCUAGCGGUGGUGGCAAUGGGGACACAAUGGCAGACUUCGAUUUUCAUGGGGAGGAUUGGGAGUGGGGAACUUACAAAACUCAGCGUGUUCUGGCAGUUGGUGCAUACAGCAAUAAUGAUGGUCUGCGCCUCGAGAAGAUUUUCAUCCAAAGAGAUAAUGCAACUAUCCAUGCAGAUGGGACUUUGUUAGGGCCGAAAACUAAUCUUCAUUUCGCUGUUCUUAAUUUCCCUGUUGGUCUUGUUCCUACACUGGUUCAGGUUAUAGAAUCUUCAACAACAGAUGCUGUACAUUCCUUGAGGCAACUGUUAACACCUAUAAAGGGUAUAUUGCACAUGGAAGGUGAUCUCAGAGGAAGUCUAGCAAAGCCAGAAUGUGAUGUGCAAGUAAGGCUCUUGGAUGGUGCUAUUGGGGGCAUUGACCUUGGACGAGCCGAAGUGGUUGCUUCUAUAACCUCCACCAGUCGUUUCCUUUUCAAUGCUAACUUUGAACCUGUUAUCCAAAGUGGCCAUGUCCACAUUCAAGGAAGUGUUCCUGUGACUUCUAUACAAAAUAACUCAUUGGAGGAAGAAGAUAAAGAGAGAGAAAUAGGCAGAGCAACAUGGAUCCCAGGCUGGGCAAAGGAAAAGGUGAUAGGAUCCGGCGAUGAAGUUGGCGAAAAGAAACUGUCCAGAGAUAGGACUGAAGAAGGAUGGGAUGUUCAGUUGGCAGAAAGUCUCAAAGGUUUAAACUGGAACAUAUUAGAUGUAGGAGAAGUAAGGAUUGAUGCAGAUAUCAAAGAUGGCGGCAUGAUGCUAAUAACAGCCUUAUGUCCUUAUGCCAACUGGCUUCACGGAAGUGCGGACAUUGUCCUACAGGUCAGAGGUACUGUUGAACAACCUGUGGUGGAUGGGUCUGCAUCAUUUCACAGAGCAUCUGUAUCAUCACCAGUCCUAAGAAAACCACUUACAAAUUUGGGGGGCACAGUUCACGUGAAAUCUAAUAGGUUAUGUAUCAGUUCAAUGGAAAGCAGAGUAAGCAGAAAAGGUAAGCUGUUGUUGAAAGGGAACCUCCCCCUCAAGGCCAGUGAAUCAUGCCAGAAUGAUAAAAUUGAUUUGAAAUGUGAAGUUUUGGAAGUACGGGCAAAGAAUGUUCUGAGUGGCCAGGUUGAUAGUCAGAUACAAAUCACUGGUUCUAUAUUGCAACCAAAUGUUUCCGGAAUGAUAAAGUUGAGUUGUGGAGAAGCAUAUCUACCACAGGAUAAGGGCAGUAGAGCCGCCACUAAUAGGCUGGCAUCAAGUCGAGCAAACCUUCCAAUUAGUGGUUACAACCGGAUGCCUCCUUCAGGGCAUGUCUCACGUUUUUUCGGAUCGGAAUCCACUUCUUCUCGUGCCAAUUUUCCGCAAACCUCAGGUAAACGCUCUGAGGUUGAAACAAAAAUGGAGCAAGAAAAUACUAAGCCAAGCGUGGAUGUUCGCCUCACUGACCUAAAGCUUCUUCUAGGACCAGAGUUGAGGAUAGUGUAUCCUCUGAUUCUCAACUUCGGCGUUAGCGGAGAACUUGAGCUUAAUGGCAUGGCUCAUCCCAAAUGGAUAAAACCUAAAGGAAUUUUAACAUUUGAAAAUGGUGAUGUGAAUCUAGUCGCCACUCAGGUUAGGCUUAAGCGAGACCAUCUCAACAUCGCGAAAUUUGACCCUGAUCUGGGGCUAGAUCCAACAUUGGAUUUAGCUUUAGUUGGAUCAGAAUGGCAAUUCAGGAUACAAAGUCGAGCAAGUAAUUGGCAGGAUAAUUUGGUGGUGACCUCAACACGCUCUGUGGAGCAGGAUGUUCUCUCACCUUCUGAGGCUGCUAGAAUUUUUGAGAGUCAAUUAGCAGGAUCUAUUUUGGAAGGUGAUGGCCAACUCGCAUUCAAGAAACUCGCAACUGCAACACUUGAAACAUUAAUGCCGAGGAUUGAAGGGAAAGGAGAGUUUGGACAGGCUACAUGGAGACUAGUGUAUGCACCCCAGAUCCCAAGCUUGCUUUCUGCUGAUGCUACAAUUGAUCCUCUUAAAUCACUGGCAAAUAGCAUUUCGUUUGGCACUGAAGUCGAAGUUCGGCUAGGAAAGCGCCUGCAGGCCUCAAUUGUUAGACAGAUGAAGGACUCAGAAAUGUCAAUGCAGCUGACCUUAAUCUACCAGCUUACAAGCCGCCUGCGAGUCCUUUUCCAUUCUCCUUCCAGCGAUUCGAAGCGACUCCUGUUUGAGUACUCCACUACAUCUCAGGACUGAUUGAAGUAGAAGCUACUCAUUGCGGGGGUUGAGUGGAGGCAGAGAUAAUCCUUUGAACUUGCAAAUUGCUGUGGCAAUCGCAUCUGACAUGUAUCAUACAGGCAUGCACCUCAUGCCUUCUUCUAUAUUAUGCAUUUUUUAGCACAAAUUUGUAAAAUUAGAUGGUGUAAAUAUUAGCAACAAAAAUAAAUAUUCUUUUGCUCGAUAAUGAAUGAGCGUGUUCAUAAGCUA